AUGGCCACCCCUCCCUCCUCCGCCAUCCAGACUAUCGCCCCCUUCUCCGCCUCCAACGACAAGGCCCUCGAUUUCUUGGCCGAGCUCAUGGAUAGCUUGGUUGGCGUCGCAGCCAAGGCUGCUGACGAAGAUGAGAUGGAGUUGGACAUGGAGAAUGAGAUAGGCAUGGGUAUGGACAUCGAAAUCGAAAUGAACAUGGAGAUGGGGGUGGGAAUGGAGGAGAACAUGGAGGAUAUCCAGGUCAGGUCGGGGGACGAGGACGAGGACAUGGGGGAGGACAACAACGACGACGAGGACAAGGACAUGGAGGAGGAGGAGGUCAUGCAGAAGGGCGAGAUAAUGAAUGAGGCAUAG